AUGGUAAAAUUUAUUUUGGUUUUGUUGAUUGGAUUAUCAAAUCUAUCAAAGACAACUCCUUGUGCAAAUCUGUGGGAACAAUGCGGUGGUAUUGGAUGGAAUGGUCCAAAAACUUGUUGUUCACCAUACGUAUGUCAAUAUAAUAAUGAUUGGUAUUCACAAUGCUUGACAGGAUCAGCACAAUCGGCAACAACAGUAUCAACAGGCACUCUUACUACAGUGAAUCGUAAGUAUAUUAAGUUUUCUUUACUUCCUAGACAUCUACUUCAUGAAAUAUAAAAUAUUCAAAAACACAGAGUUUAUCAUUAUAUAGUUUAUUUGUACAGCAACUAACUUAGAUACGUUUAUUAGAAUGAUAGAUCUUAGUAAAAAAAAUCAGUUUACUAAACUUUUUAUAUUUUAUCGAGAAAAUAAAUUAUAUUAUAUUUAUAUGAGCAAACUCUU